UUAAACAUGUGCUGAAAGGAGGAGUGAGGGAAGUGCCUCACUUGCUUAGAGAAGGAGAAAGAGACACAAGCUUGUUGGUUUUACAGAAGAGAGGCAAAGCUGCAAGGGCCCACAUCACGGUGACAGAGGAAGGAAGUGUGACAAUCAGGCUGGGAAAUGUCUAAGAAAAUUAUUGGUUGUUUCUCUGUUUAAAGGCCGGCGUAUUCUUAAAAACAACAUGAAUAGUGACAGCAGCACCCCGCGUUAUGUUUCAACUUUGAAGAUGCACAUCAAACCAUCCUGUGCAUCGUCUGCGCAAAGGAAUGGGCUAGGAACGAUUAACACCAGAACCUUAGGCAAAGGUUCUGAUACAGGGUCUCUUUGUAAGAACAUGGAUCCACCUAAUUUUAUAGAGUCCAUAGAAGACUGCUGUGUAGACGAAGGAUGCGACCUUGUGCUUCGAGGGGUUCUCACAGGAAGUCAGCCUAUCAAAGUGACAUGGUUGCACAAUGCAGGUGAAACUGCACGUUUUGGGAAGCCUACCUUCAAUGGCAGGGAGGCGUGUUUUGUGGUGAAGGAAUGCUUACCAGAAGAUGCUGGCGCCUACACAUGCUUGGCUGAAAGCAGUGGAGGGAAGACAUCUUGCAGCGCUGCUGUGUUUGUGAGAGACUUCGAAACCAUGUGUGGUGUUUCAAAGUCCCCCACUUCUGUUUCCAAGCACACUAAGGAAAAUGGAAAGUCACCUCAAACUCCAAAAGAUGAGCUACAGAAAUGUAAAGGAUCUAUUCUUUCCUCCCCUACAGGCUCUAAUAAGCAGAGCCCAGUGUCAUCUCCUAGAGAAGUCAUUCCAAAGAAGAGAGCUAACUCAGGGAAAGCCCCAGUAUUACGUUUAGAAAAUCCUCCACAGCACCUGGAGGUGAAGGUAGGGCAUACUGCGAAGCUGACGUGUUGUUUCUCUGGAAGCCCCCCUGUAGCAUCCUGUUGGAUCAGAAACAAAGAACAGAUAUUGGAUGGCCCAGAGCUGUGGACAGAAAAUACAGAUCAGAGCAGCACACUGGUUAUAGCAGAGGCUAAUCCCCAGGACACAGGUUGCUACACUUUAGUAGUGAAAGAUCGCAAAAAUUCAGCACAACAUACCGUUACACUUUCUGUCAUAGAUAGACCAGAGCCUCCUGCCUCGUGUCCUGUGAUAUCCCUCAUUUCUGAAUCCAGCCUCGUGCUGUCCUGGUCAGGCCCCUGCUACGACGGAGGCAGUGCCAUCCUGGGUUAUGUGGUUGAGGUGAAAAAAGAAGGACCUGCUGAGCCUGGGGAUUGGCGUGAGCUCACUACCCAUUGUAAGAGCACCUCAUACAGAGUGCGUUCUGGGCUGCAGCCUCAACAGGAAUACUGUUUCAGAGUGAGAGCUUUUAACUCUGUUGGAAUAAGUGAGCCCAGCCCAGUUUCACCAGUUGUUAAGAUGGAACAACGAGGUUCUGGAAAAACACAAGAAGCUACUCAUGUGUAUACCUGUGUCACUAUUGACUCAACCCACAAAGUCACAGAUCAUUACAAUUUGCAGGAGAAACUGGGAAUGGGGAAGUUUGGCUUAGUGUUCAAGAUGACACAUAAGGAGACAGGACUUGUGUGUGCUGGGAAGUUCUACAAAGGACGUCGUACCAAAGAAAGAGAGGCUGCUCGUAAAGAGAUAGAGCUGAUGAACUAUCUUCAUCACCCCAAACUGGUUCAGUGUCUGGCAGCAUAUGAUCAUAAGCCUGAGAUGGUCAUGGUAAUGGAGUUUAUUGCAGGUGGGGAGCUGUUUGAACGUAUUGUUGAUGACAGCUUUGAGCACACAGAGCCUACCAGUGUAUCCUACAUGCAGCAGAUCCUGCAAGGGAUUGCCUACAUGCAUCAGCAGAGCAUUGUCCACCUGGACCUCAAACCUGAAAACAUUGUAUGUGUUGACACCACUGGCACCUCCAUAAAGAUAAUUGACUUUGGAUUAGCCAGCAAGCUUGAUGACAGCACACCUUUGAAAGUGAUGCAUGGGACGCCUGAGUUUGUAGCACCUGAAGUUAUCAGCUAUGAGCCUGUGUCUUUGGCUACUGACAUGUGGAGCAUUGGUGUCAUCUGCUACAUAUUGCUGAGUGGUGAAUCUCCAUUCCAGGGAAACAGUGAAUCAGAGACCUUGGCCUUGGUCACCGCAGCUCAGUGGGAGUUUGAUGAAGAAAGCUUUGAAGAAAUAACAGAUGAGGCUAAAAAUUUCAUCAGCUCCCUCCUCAGCAAAGACUACAGGCGGAGGAUGUCCUGUCAAGAAGCCCUUGCCCAUUCAUGGAUGGCAGCGUUUGACUCUGGAGACCACGCCACCACAAAGAGUCUGUCCAAGGAGAAGAUGAAAAGAUUUCUUGCCAGACAAAAGUGGAAGAAAGCUGGUAAAGCCAUGCUAGCCCUAAACAGAAUGGCUCUACUCUCUAAAAGUGACAGCUCUGUAUCUCCCACCAGCGUUGGAGAGGUGGCACCCCUGAGUCCAGAGGCAGAGCAAGCCCUGCAGUCUCUGGAGCGCAAGAUGCAGGGACCUCCGGUGUUCACCCAGAGCUUGGAGGACCAGACUGUGGCUCAGGGAUCCUGUGCCCGUCUGUCAUGUCACCUCACAGGAUAUCCUGACCCUGAGGUGGUGUGGCUGUGUGAUGACGAACCUGUGGAGGAGACAUCCACAGUGCAGUUAGAAUAUGAGGAAGAUGGCCGCUGUACCCUGAUUAUAUUAAACGUUGGCCCAGAAAAUGCCAGCAUUUACACAUGUAAGGCCAUCAAUGACCACGGGGAGGCCUACUGCUCAGCCAAACUAGUUGUUCAGUAGAUCUAUCUUGUAUAACUAUGUAUGCAGAGACAGACUAUAUAAACAUUAUGUUUUUGAGUGCUUAAAAAUGUACAUUUAUGUUUUGAUAGGAGGAAUACAAAUAAGGACCAAACUGUAAAACCUGUGGCAGAACUUUAUAACACAUAUUUUUGUACAAAUUCUAAUUUAGUCAGAUGGAUAUAGUUAUGGGGCAGCAUGCAAAGAAUGGGGUGUUUCAUUAUGGAACUAAGGUAUAAGUAUACUGACUUAAACAUGGUUUAAGAUAAAACUGUGAAGCAUGACGAGUAGCUGUAGCUGACAAUAAAUUGAUUAUCAAAAUUU